AUGCGUGCCCCCAUUGUUGGUUGGAUUGCAGAUGCUCGCUGUGGUAACUAUAGAGUGUUUAGAGUUGGAGCCUCUCUGCUCUUCUUAGCUACCGUAAUAUGCUGCAUUUGUGUAUUGAUUUUGUUUAAUGUGCCUCCACACAGUAUUGUCUCUCGUGUAGUCAGUGGUGGAAUAAGUCCGAUUAUGUACAUUGUUGGGUUUGUGGGGGGAACAGCUUGUUUAGUGACUGCUCUGCAGCUUGGAUUGGAUCAAAUGCCUGAUGCUUCUUCAGCUAAUAUCACUAGUUUCAUUUCCUGGUUUGUGUUCUCCCUGGCUUUUGGGGCAUGGAUAUUUGACACAGGCUGUAGGGUUUUCUCUUGCAUCCAUGGCCUUUGUGCACAUGUAUUCAGCCUGGUUCCAGUGAUUGCCAUGUCUGUACUUUGUUGUUCAUUGUUUCUCCUCACUCCAAAAUGGAUGAUUAUUGAGCCCAAUUGUCCUCAGUCUCUGAAAACCAUCUACCAAGUUCUCAAGUUUGCUGCCAAGCACAAGGCUCCCCUCAAUCGCAGUGCUCUCACAUACUGGGAGGAAGACAUUCCUUCAAGAAUGGACCUGGGAAAGUCGAGGUAUGGUGGACCGUUUACUACUGAAGAGGUGGAAGAUGUCAAAACAUUCUUCAAGAUUCUGAUAAUCUCUGUACCCAUUUUCAUAAUUUCGUGCUCACUUUCCCCAGAAGUGUACAUGCAAAGUUUGGAUGGCUUUGCCAAUUGUGAGGCUGGUUUUAUCUUUGCUGUCACCUACAGUCCAACAUGGGUCAUUAUCAUUGUGACAUUAGUGUAUGAAUUUUGUAUCUAUCCUUUGCUUCGAAAUCGGUUGCCUAGUAUACUGAAACGUAUUGGGAUUAUUUCAUCUGUCAUCUUCAUUGUAAGUUCCGUUAAGUUGGUAUUGGCUACUGCUAUUUUCUCAUACUCUCUGGACCUUUCACCAUGGUCAAACAUAGCAUAUUUUGUUAUCUUUUCAUCAAUAUUUAUGUUCUUAUUGACUAGCAUUCUAGAGUUUAUAUGUGCUCAAUCCCCCUACAAGAUGCGUGGCCUACUGCUUGGAUAUACAAUUCUGCUUUAUAUCAUAUCGAUGUAUGUUGGUACAAUACUGAUGUAUAUUUUUAACUCUGUGUGUGUUGGACCGUACUGCCACAUUUUUGAGAAGUCUGUCUUUACUGCUCUGAGUCUGGUUGGGUUUGUACUCCACUGCCUCCUGGCUACCUGGUACAAGAGGAGAGUGAGAGAAGAGGACUAUGAUGUACACAGAGUCGUGGAGGAGGUCUACGAUAGAUACCUCUCACAGAGACCAACCCUGUGA